GGCAUCUCUGCCCUCACUUGGUACCUUUCAACAUCCGGAAGCACAGUAGCGCUAUCCUCUGACUCCACCGCACAGAGGGGCGGAUGGAACAGUCUCUCUCUCUCUCUCUCUCUCUCUCUCUCUCUCUCUCUCUCUCUCUCUCUCCCUUUGCCUCUCAGGGUUUUCCUGUUGAAAUCGUGGAAAUUGACAUUUGUUGCCCGGGACAAGCGUCAAACCCCAUAAACGGACGGACAGAUUUAUUUUAAGUAACAUUUUGUCCACACUGAAGUUCAUCCACGGUAUUUUCUCAGGUUUUGUUCAUCUGUCUAGGAUGGAAAACUGAUGGUCUUUCUGAUGUUGGAGGCUAGCUGUUCACUCUGAAGGUGCAGGAUGAAAAGAUGGCACAGCUGCUUGUACCACCGGGUCCAGACAGCUUCCGUCCCUUUAGUUAUGAGUCCCUCAAGGCCAUUGAGAGACGGAUUGCUGAGGAGAAUGCCAAGAGACCCAAGGGCGAGAAGAAAAAACGCAAUGAUGAGAAUGACCUCAAGCCAAGCCGCGACCUGGAGGCAGGCAAAGACCUCCCUCUUGUGUAUGGGGACAUCCCAAAGGGCAUGGUGUCGACACCGCUGGAGGACCUGGAUCCCUACUACUGUAAUCAGAAAACUUUCAUAGUAUUGAACAAAAGUAAGUUUAUCUUCCGCUUCAACGCCGCUCCUGCCUUGUACCUCCUGAGCCCCUUCAACCCUCUUAGAAGAAUAUCAAUUAAGAUUUUGGUACAUUCAUUGUUCAGCAUGGUCAUCAUGUGCACUAUCCUCACCAACUGUGCAUUUAUGACACUGUCUAGACCACCUGAUUGGGCAAAGAAUGUAGAGUACACAUUUACUGCAAUCUAUACCUUUGAAUCCCUUGUUAAAAUUUUAGCUCGAGGGUUCUGCAUAGGAAAGUUCACAUUUCUAAGAGAUCCCUGGAACUGGCUGGAUUUCUGUGUCAUUGUUAUGGCGUACGUAACAGAGUUUGUAAACCUGGGGAAUUUCUCAGCUCUGCGCACGUUCAGAGUGCUGAGAGCUUUCAAAGCUAUUUCAGUUAUCCCAGGCCUGAAGACCAUCGUUGGUGCAUUGUUCCAGUCGGUGAAGAAGCUUUCAGAUGUGAUGAUUCUCACCGUCUUCUGCUUAAGCGUGUUUGCCCUCAUAGGGUUACAGUUGUUUAUGGGCCAUUUAAGGCAAAAGUGUGUACUGUCUCCAAACACAAAUAUGUCAGACGAGGAGUGGACUGCGUACACGCUCAAUAAGAGUCAUUAUUAUGUCCUUCCAGGCAACAGAGAUCCAUUGCUUUGUGGAAAUGGCAGUGAAGCUGGGCAUUGUCCGGAGGGGUACGUUUGCCUCAGAGUGGGAAGGAACCCAGACUAUGGUUACACCAGCUUUGACUCAUUUGGUUGGGCCUUCCUUUCUCUGUUUAGACUGAUGACACAGGAUUACUGGGAAAAACUUUACCAGCAGACGUUGCGGGCAGCUGGGAAGCCCUACAUGAUGUUUUUUGUGCUGGUGAUAUUCCUUGGCUCCUUCUAUCUGGUCAAUUUGAUCUUGGCUGUAGUAGCCAUGGCCUAUGAGGAGCAGAGCCAGGCCACCAUUAAGGAGGCUAAGGAGAAAGAGGAGGAGUUUCAGGCCAUGAUGGAGCAGCUGAAACGGCAGCAAGAGGAGGCUCAGGCAGUAGCAAGUGGAGCUGCUGCUGAAACUGGGGAGGUCACUGACAAAGCCGGUGGUAUAGAGAGCUCUUCUGACACCUCCAAGUUCAGCUCUAAAAGUGCCAAAGAGAGACGCAACAGGCGAAGAAAGAAAAAGGAGGAGGAGGGCAAAGGGGCAGAUGAGAAGAUUCCUAAAUCAGAGUCACAGGACAGUAUAAGGAAGACUCACUGCCGCUUCACUGUGAAUGCAAAUUUGCUCAACUACAACAUGAAAUGCUCGUCUGCACAUCAGUCCUUUCUGAGUUUUCGUGGGCCUCCGUUCUCACCCAGACGGAACAGCAGGACCAGCCUUUUCAGUUUCCGAAGCCAAGCGCAGGAUGCGUGCUCAGAGACUGACUUUGCUGAUGAUGAGAACAGUAUUUUUGAGGACAACCUGAGUCGGAGGGGCUCUUUAUUUCUUCCCCGGAGAUUUGAUCGACGCAGCAGCAGUAUAAGCCAGAGCAGCUUCUUGCCACAUCUCCUGCUUCCACCCAGUGGGAUCAAGCACAGCUCUGUAGACUGUAAUGGGGUUGUGUCUCUGGUGGGUGGGAAUUCUCUCCCAUCCUCACCUGUAGGGCUCCUGCUGCCUAAAGUGACGGUAGAUAUGGCCUCCACUGGAGACAAUGCUGACACCACUGACACAGAGUACAAAUCGGCUGGUGGAGAUACAAACCAUGAGUUUAUGGACCUCCUUGAGGGCCCAGAGGCCAGACAGAGAGCCCAUAGUAUAGCUAGUGUCAUAACCAGCACGAUGGAGGAGCUUGAAGAGUCGAGGCAGAAGUGUCAUCCUUGCUGGUACACUUUUGCCAACACCUUUCUCAUCUGGGACUGUUGUCCAACAUGGCUUAAGCUCAAGAAAGUGGUUAAACUUAUUGUGAUGGACCCAUUCAUGGACCUAACUAUCACCAUCUGUAUUGUGCUCAAUACAAUGUUUAUGGCCAUGGACCAUUAUCCAAUGAGCAACGGUUUCUCCAGUAUGUUGAAUGUGGGCAAUCUGGUAUUCACUGGCAUCUUCACAGCUGAAAUGGUCCUCAAGAUCAUUGCGCUGGACCCAUACUAUUACUUUCAGGAGGGGUGGAAUAUUUUUGAUGGAAUCAUCGUCAGUUUAAGCUUGAUGGAGCUUUGCUUGGAUAAGGUCCCUGGCAUGUCUGUUCUGAGAUCAUUCAGAUUGCUAAGAGUUUUCAAGUUGGCUAAAUCGUGGCCCACUCUUAACACACUGAUCAAAAUCAUUGGUAAUUCAGUGGGGGCUUUGGGCAAUCUGACCCUUGUGCUGGCCAUUAUUGUCUUCAUCUUUGCUGUGGUGGGCAUGCAACUGUUUGGAAAAAGCUACAAGGACUGUGUGUGUAAAAUCUCUGUGGACUGCACUCUGCCCCGUUGGCACAUGAGUGACUUCUUCCAUUCAUUCCUCAUUGUGUUCCGAGUGCUUUGUGGAGAGUGGAUAGACACCAUGUGGGACUGUAUGGAAGUGGCUGGGAUGACCAUGUGCAUCAUUGUCUACAUGAUGGUCAUGGUUAUUGGAAACCUUGUGGUGCUGAACCUGUUCCUGGCCCUGCUGCUGAGCUCAUUCAGUGCUGACAACCUGGCAGCGACUGAUGAUGACAGCGAGAUGAACAAUUUGCAGAUUGCCAUCGGACGGAUUCACAAAGGCAUUGCCUUCACCAAGUCCCUGCUUCGAAGCAGCUGCAACAGUGUCUGUCUCAAGGAGAAGAAGAAAGGGAAGGGUGAUGAGAAAUCUCUGGAUGAGCUCCACAAAUCUUUAGGGCCAAAUGGUGUCCCGAGCCAUGUCAUCAACUUUCCCAUCAAUAGCAAUGGGGAUGUGACCGGAGUAGACAAAAAUGGAGACAAGUACAUAGUCAGUAGCAAGAGUGAUGAUUCCUUGUCUUUCAUCAACAAUCCUAGUCUGACUGUUACCGUUCCAAUCGCUGUGGGAGAGUCUGACUUUGAAAACCUCAACACAGAGGACUUCAGCAGUGCCUCAUCAGAUCUAGCAGGAUGCCAUGUGAAUGUAGAUGACGAUGACCAGUACAGCUCCUCUGAGGGCAGCACAGUGGAUGGUAUGGCAGGUGUUGAAAGAGGAGAAUCUAUAGACUUCGAACUAGAAGAAGCUAUGGAUCCCGAUGCCUGCUUUCCUGAUGGCUGUGUGCAAAAGUUUCAGUGUUGUCAGGUAAAUGUGGACGUGGGCUGGUGGAAGGUGUGGUGGACACUAAGAAAGACCUGUUUCCGGAUAGUGGAGCACAACUGGUUUGAGAGCUUCAUCAUCUUCAUGAUCCUGCUUAGCAGUGGGGCGCUGGCAUUUGAAGACAUCUAUAUUGAGAAAAGGAAGACAAUUAAAACAGUGUUGGAGUUUGCUGACAAAAUCUUCACCUACAUUUUCAUUUUGGAGAUGUUAUUGAAGUGGGUGGCAUAUGGAUUUGCAAAGUACUUCACAAAUGCCUGGUGCUGGCUGGACUUCCUCAUUGUUGAUGUCUCCCUGGUCAGUAUGGUAGCAAACGCCAUGGGAUAUUCUGAACUCGGUGCCAUCAAGUCUCUGAGAACCUUGCGAGCUUUGAGGCCCCUGAGAGCCUUGUCACGGUUCGAGGGCAUGAGGGUGGUUGUCAAUGCCCUGCUGGGAGCCAUUCCUUCCAUCUUCAAUGUGCUGCUGGUAUGUCUUAUAUUCUGGCUCAUCUUCAGCAUCAUGGGAGUCAACUUGUUUGCAGGGAAGUACUCCCAUUGUGUGAACAAAACGAAUGUACCUUACCUUCGAUCAAUAGUGAAAAACAAAAUCGAGUGUGAAGCCUUAAACCACACAGGUGCUCUCUGGAAGAAUGUCAAAAUCAACUUUGACAAUGUUGGCAUGGGUUACCUUGCACUGCUUCAAGUGGCUACAUUCAAGGGCUGGAUGGAAAUCAUGUAUGCUGCUGUGGACUCUCCAAGCAAGCCAGAAGAACAACCUGAGUAUGAGAGCAACCUGAAGAUGUACCUGUAUUUUGUUGUUUUCAUCAUAUUUGGAGCCUUCUUCACACUCAAUCUCUUUAUUGGUGUCAUCAUAGACAACUUCAAUCAACAAAAGAAAAAGUUAGGAGGUCAAGACAUCUUCAUGACUGAAGAACAGAAGAAAUACUACAAUGCCAUGAAAAAGCUGGGGUCAAAGAAACCACAAAAACCUAUUCCAAGACCAUCAAACAAGAUUCAAGGACACAUCUUUGACUUCACCACAAAACAAGCAUUUGAUAUUGUAAUAAUGGUUCUAAUAUGGCUUAAUAUGGUAACCAUGAUGGUGGAAACUGAGGAGCAGUCAGUGGAAAAGGAGAAUGUCCUCUUCUGGAUUAAUGUAGGAUUCGUUUGCAUCUUUACUGGAGAAUGCUUAUUGAAGAUGAUCUCGCUUCGCCAUUACUAUUUCACAAAUGGUUGGAAUGUAUUUGAUUUCAUCGUGGUCAUUCUGUCAAUAAUUGGUAUGUCUCUCUCAAAUCUGAUAGAGAAGUACUUUGUUUCACCAACCUUAUUCAGAGUCGUCCGAUUGGCUCGAAUUGGCCGCGUUCUCCGCCUUAUUAAAAGUGCUAAAGGAAUCCGCACACUCUUGUUUGCCUUGAUGAUGUCACUUCCUGCCUUGUUCAACAUUGGUCUCCUGCUCUUCUUGGUGAUGUUUAUCUACGCCAUCUUCGGCAUGUCAAACUUUGCUUACGUCAAGAAAGAAGCAGGUAUAGAUGACCUUUUCAAUUUUGAGACAUUUGGCAACAGCAUGAUCUGUCUGUUCCAGAUCACCACCUCAGCAGGGUGGGAUGGCCUAUUAGCUCCCAUUCUCAACAAAAAUGCAUAUGAAUGUUCCAGUAGCACAGAGCAUCCUGGCAGCUCUGUCAAAGGAGACUGUGGAAAUCCUGCAGUGGGAAUUGCCUUCUUUGUGAGCUACAUCAUCGUAUGUUUCCUGAUUGUGGUGAAUAUGUACAUUGCAGUCAUCCUGGAAAACUUUGGUGUGGCCACUGAAGAAAGCGCAGACCCACUAAGUGAGGAUGAUUUUGAAAUGUUUUAUGAGGUGUGGGAAAGAUUUGAUCCUCAUGCAUCACAGUUCAUGGAGUACAAUAAGCUGUCAGAAUUUGCAGAUGCUUUGGACCCACCAUUACGCAUAGCCAAACCUAACAAGCUCGAACUAAUCUCCAUGGAUCUACCCAUGGUGAGCGGUGAACGCAUUCACUGCCUGGACAUCCUGUUUGCAUUCACAAAACGUGUUCUAGGUGAGGGUGGGGAGAUGGACAUCCUAAGGGGGCAGAUGGAGGAGCGCUUCAUGGCUUCCAAUCCCUCCAAAGUGUCCUAUGAACCCAUCACUACCACGCUACGCCGCAAACAGGAGGACACAUCAGCUGCUGUCAUCCAGAGAGCAUAUAGACAGUAUGCAGUAAAAAGAGUCAGUAAGUUCUCUGACAUUCAAAAGAAUGAAACGCUCAUUGACAAAGAGGUUGCUGUCACAGACAAACUCAAUUGUAGCAGUGACAAAAGUGAACUAGCACCUUCAACUGCCUCUCAACAGUCAUGUCACAGUGUGACAAUAAAUGGAAACAACAAAUAUGAAAAAGACAAAAGUGAAAAGGAGGUUGUGGGCAAAGAUGUUACGGAGCAAAAUAUAUAAAAUAAUCUUGGAAAUGCAUUUUAAUUAAUGACAAAAUUAAUUAACGACAAAAUGUUUACAACCUUUGAAAGUGACUAAGACAUCUGCUGGACUCCCUUCCUUAGUAUGGAUAUCUAUGCCAAACUGACUAUGCUUGCUUGAGUCUUUAGGUUGGUGCCUAAAUGGAGAGGUUGCUCAUUCAGGCUGCAGUGGGACCAUUUUGGCUGUGUUCAGGAGCCAGGAUGACUUUUGAUUGUGAUGAUGGGCAACAUUUCUCAAAGUGUUCUGAAAGACACGUUAGUUAAUGCUUUAACUUCUACUGCAGCUAGUUCUGCUAUCCAGUGUCUUGAAUUAUUGUUAUAUCACUCACUGUUGUAUUACUUUACUGACUUAUUCUUCAAGCAGAAAAAAACAAUUUAAUGUCAUUACUUUAAGAAUUUGUAGUUUGGUUAAUUUACUUUUUAUACACUGUUUUUUUACUCUUCAAAAGGGUUGAUCCUUCAGGGGUUGUCUUUACAAUGAGCAACAUUGCUCUAAGGCUAGUCUUGCUAACUGAUAGCACUUACACACACACAAUACACAACAAACCCAAGAGACAGUGUCAGAGUUGCUACAGUUAACACUAAAUAUAGAUCUGCAUGAAUGUUUGUCCAUGAUUAUGCAUGUUAGAGUGUACUAUUUUCAUCAGACUCUACCCCUGUCCAUCAUGCUUCAUGAUGUGAACUGUGCAGUCAUGACAUAGCUGUUUUUUUUUACACAUUACAGAAAGAUGAUCUUAGCCUAAAGUCCAAACAAAUCCAGCUGAGUAUGGCAAGUAUGUUUCAGUAUCAGUGUCAGAGCAGUAACACUUGGCAGAAAUACUUUGCACAUUCAGUUUUGUUGAAUCAUCAAAAUUAUGCACACACUUCAUCUCAGCCUGCUCUGUGCUAUGUAUGUACCAUUUAUAAUAUUACUAAUUAUGUACAAAUUUUAUCGUGAAACUGUGCUAAAAACAGAGCCCUCAACUGACGGUUUGUCUUUCAAAGCUGGAUAUUUAAGAAAAGGCUUAUGUUGUUUGCACACUUUAACUGACCCUGUAAUAAGUUACCUCGCUUAACCUCAAACCUCUGGCACUUUGCUCAAGGAGGAGAUUGUUUGUAAUAUUGUCUAUUUGUAGGACAGCAGCAUCACUUCAAAUUCCUGACUUCUCCAAAAUACAAGUGUCCUCCAUGUGUCUACCUUUUCUUCAUUUUGUCUGUUUUCUGUCUUAGUUGUUUUUGAUAAUGAACCUCAGUGUGUAUUCUAUAAUGAUUAUGAAAUUAUGGAACUUUAUUAUUAUUUAUUACCUGUGAUAUAAAACCAAAUAUAUUCUUCAUGUUCUUCUGUAUUCGGGCAGACAGGGAUAUACUGUUCAUCCAGCAGGAGCUAUGAGGUGAAAAAUGUAAAUGUCUAUGAGAACUGUCAUUUGGACGGUAAUUCUUCUUAAUAAGACAAAUCCCUGUGUUUGAUUACUGGAGAUGUUAUACGAUUAUGCUGUCCAAGUCAUUUUUGUUCUCUUCUUUAUUUCCAUAUUUUUAUUUGUAAAUUGAGACUGGUAAAAGGUAGGUAAUCUUUUAUGUUUUUGUGUGCUUUGUAAACUGUUUUCACACAGUUUACCUCUCAAUCUUUAUCAUGAUAAAUAUCUAAUGGAUAUGGAUGAAAGAUGGCUUAGUAUAUUCUGAAUGUCUGCCUCAAGGACAUGGCAUCAAACAUCUCAUGUGCCCUUGGCUGUUUCCUACUUCUGUUUAUAUUUUAUAGUGUCAGUUAGUUAUCUUACUUUUGUCAUUUCUACCCGUGACAUCUUCCCGAAACUGUGUCACAACUACAUCUGUUGUUCCAUGUUAUAAGUAUAAUUCCAUUCAUGUAAGUAUAUUUUGCAUGUAAUUAAAACUUUCAAUACUUACACUAUACUUUAUGCAUAAUGAAAGAAUGUUUUGAUUACACAGAAUUUAACAUCUCCCAUCAUUCAUAUGCAUAAUGCUUGUAGUGCAUAAAUAAACUGCAUGCAAGACACUGCUAUAAUCCAUUUCAGUGAAAAGCCAAAAGAAUAAAGAUUACAUGUACCUCAA